GACCGACACUCGAAUACAAUGCUGAUGUCAUGGAAAAUUUCCUGAUUCAGUUUGUGAAUGCACCUGAUAGCCCCUUAUUCAAUUCAGGUCUGAGCAUCUAGUUUUGAGGAAUGGCCAUCGUCACCCAUCAGCCACUCCAAUGCUUAUCUUUGCUGAGAGGCUGCAAGACCCUCAGCCACCUCAAACAAGUCCAACCCUUUGUCUUGAAGAGCGGGCUUGAUGCUGACCCUCUUGUUGCUGGAAAAAUUAUCCUCGUUGCUGCCAUCACCCUCACCGAUGGUUUGGACUACGCUCACCAUGUACUAUCUCAAUUCCCCUUCCCCGAUGCCUUCAUGCACAACACUCUAAUUCGUGGUUUCUCAGAAUCCGAUCACCCGAAUCAUUCCCUCCUCAUCUUCAACCAAAUGAGGCGGCAUUGUCUAACUCCAGACAGCUUCUCUUUUGCCUUCCUGUUGAAGGCAGCAGCAAAUUGCAGGACAAUCCAUGCUGGCGCCCAACUCCAUUCCCUUUCAAUCCAUCACGGCCUCGAUGCCCAUCUCUUUGUUGGUACGACGCUUGUGAGCAUGUAUGCUGAGUGUGGCUGCAUUGCCUCAGCAAGGAAAGCGUUUGAUAAAAUGCCACAACCAAAUGUUGUAGCUUGGAAUGCAGUGGUCACAGCUUGCUUCCGUUCAAAUGAUAUCAAAGGCGGUGAGGAUCUGUUUGCUGUGAUGCCAUGGAGGAAUCAGACUUCUUGGAAUCUCAUGCUUGCUGGUUACACAAAGGCUGGUGAGCUCGAAUCAGCUAGGAGGUUAUUCUAUGAGAUGCCCCAACAUGACCCGGUAUCUUGGAGCACCAUGAUUGUCGGUUUUGCUAGCAAUGGACAUUUUGACGAUGCCUGCAGUUUCUUUAGAGAUUUGUUGAGAGAGGGCCUGAAGCCAAAUGAGGUGAGCUUGACUGGCAUCCUCUCAGCCUGUGCACAGUCAGGGGCAUUUGAGAAUGGAAAGAUCCUACACGGACACAUAAUGAAGGCGGGUUUCUCUAGCAUUGUAGCAGUGACCAACGCACUCUUGGACAUGUAUUCUAGAUGCGGGAGCAUCGAAAUGGCUGACCAGGUUUUCAUUCAGGAGAUGGGGAAGAAGAACAUCAUAUCAUGGACAUCAAUGAUUGCAGCUUUUGCAAUGUAUGGCUAUGGAGAAGAAGCGAUCAAGCUCUUUUCUGAUAUGGAAGAAUUUGGAACAAAACCCGAUUGGAUAACCUUCAUCUCUAUCCUCUAUGCCUGUAGCCAUGCUGGGCUAGUAGACAAAGGCCGUGAAUUCUUCCACAUAAUGACACAUACCUACAGGCUUUCUCCUUCAAUUGAGCACUAUGGCUGCAUGGUUGAUCUCUAUGGUCGCGCUGGACUAUUAGACGAGGCCUAUGAAUUCGCUACACGAAUGCCUAUUGAGCCUAAUGCUAUCAUAUGGAGAACAUUGCUUGGUGCAUGCAGUAUUCAUGGAAAUGUUAAGCUUGCCGAACUUGUGAAGCAGCGCCUCUCUGAGUUGGAUCCUAAUGACGCUGGGGACUAUGUUCUACUGUCCAAUAUUUACGCUGUAGCUGGGAAAUGGAAAGAUGUAGCUGAGGUGAGGGGGUCAAUGAGUAAGCAGAGCAUCAAGAAGGACCCUGGAUGGAGCUCUAUCGAGGUUGACAAGGCUGUCUACAAGUUUGUAGCAGGUGGUGAUGGAUCAAGUAGAAUAGGUGUAGAGGCAAACAAAAAGCUUGUGGAGAUCAUGGAGAAGCUGAAGGAUGAAGGCUACAUGCCAGGAGUUGGGAGUGUGUUGCAUGAUAUCGAGGACGAGGAGAAAGAAGGGGCGAUUGUUAGACAUAGCGAGAAGCUCGCAGUGGCAUUUGGGAUAGCUAGGACUGGUGGUGUUGGGAAGACGAUAAGGAUCGUGAAGAACUUAAGAGUUUGUAGGGACUGCCAUGUGGUGAUGAAGAUGAUAUCAAAGGUUUAUGGGAGGGAGAUCAUAGUCAGGGAUCGGAGCCGCUUUCAUUCCUUCAGAGCAGGAUCUUGUUCUUGCGGAGAUUACUGGUGACUCGGAGCAGAAUCCAGCCUUCGCAUCAAACUGUAUGCCGAAGUUUUUGUCUUUUAGUUUGUGUUAUGAACAUGGUUUCUAUAAAUUUUUUCUUCUAGUUGGGCUUUCA